AUGAAUACAGUAGUAGAAUCUUCAGGACCAUAUUUAUAUCCCUGUAGUAUAGAAUAUAGUCUUAUCUGUGCUGGUAUAAUCUUCAUAAUGUGGAGAAAUGUUGGUAAAGUUGGUGAUCGGAAUCAGAAGGACAAACAAUGGGCGGCAAAGAUGAAAGCCAAUCGUCUUGGAGUGGAUUGUUCUAAUUCUAGUCGUGGAUUGUUUCUUGGAAUAUUUCUACUCGUAGCUGUUGUUAUCAAUAUUAUUGCCUUCUUUGUCAUGAUCAGAAUCAAAAGCAGAAGUGGUGAUGCGGUUAUGGUGGAACAUUUGUCAGAAAUUAUUUGUUACGUUAUGACUGCAGUUGCGGUUAUAAUAGCAUUUUAUAAGAUGCAGCCGCUAGGAUUCCGUUCUCAGCGCGAAGUAGACUUGGAACAAACAUUAUUAGUUAUAGGACUAUUUGGCAUUUUUGUAUUUUCAUUACUCAGUAUUACAGCUGCAUCUUUUUCUCAGUCUAAAAUCGCCAGUUUGUUGAUAAUCAUAUCGAGUGUGUUGCGCAUGUUUCAAGCCUCUUUACAGACAUUGUUCAUUUUGAAUACGCUAAGACGCUUCGCGGAGACCAAAUCUCACGAACAAGGAAAGCCUGGACGUGAAUUUGUGACGUUUUUACUUGUAGCUAAUAUAGCCUUGUGGGGUAUAAAUACUUUUGAGGUGCAACAAACAGAAGCUAAUCCGAUACAAAUGAAAUUCUAUGGAUUGUUACCCUGGACUAUUUUUACUCAUGUUUCCAGUCCAUUGGCCAUUUUCUUCCGCUUUCAUUCUACAGUUUGUUUGGCCAAUAUUUGGAAGCACGCCUGGAAACGUCGCGUAGGACGAAUCUAG